AAAGAAGAAACGAAUAAAGAAAAAAAAUUUAUCUGAAACUGAUUGAAAGUUGAAGAGAAAUCCCAAUUGGGUUUUGCUAGAGCACUCUUCUAUUAAAUUUUGUAAUUUUAGUGAAUUGAACGACUUUAUGCAUUCGUUGUUUUGAAAGAUAUUCUAUUUUUAUGCCAUAUGCACUUAAUAUAUAUCAAAUCCAAAGAGGCAAAAUGAUCGCAGCAUUUAAUACAGAAUAUACACCAUUUGUGCAUUGAGAUAACAUGCCAAGAUUACAUUGAAUAAGUCUUGGUAAAAUUAUGAAGAAUGAAAUGAGAGAAUAUCAAAAGUGUAUGCCGAUUGGUUACCCAUGAAAUAAAGAGAGAUCUCAUAAUAACAACGGCGUUGUGUUUCAUUUUCGUUGAAUGUAUGUAUAUGUGUGUGUGAUACAGUGUUAUUAUAACAGCCGCGUAGCGGUAUCAUUUUUGCAAAGCCAGCAGUUUAUUUGACAUCUAACACUGGAAUGUCAUUAUUUGACUGUUGUCAUAGUUUGUGAUGCACACUCUUUAUUGAGCUCUCUCAAACUUAUCGCAGUAGUAACAUUGCGUUAUCAAUUUUUCUCUGUAGUCGGAUACAUAGAAAAAUAUCUACUGGAAAUAAAUUAGGAUACAAACUAAAUGUAAAACUGUUAUUGACUCUUUGAAAGGAUCCAAAAUGGAACACGUUCCACAUAUAGAGCAAAAAACAUCAGCGGAAAGUUAUGAACAUAUUGUGGUUAUUCAACUGAACGGCGAAUCCAGAACGAUGUGCAAGUGUAUAAAUUGCAACAUUGUCACGAUGAAUAGCAGUUUCAAUCUUUGGAAGCAUUGGAAAUACACUUGUCCGUACAAGAUGUUGUUCAAAUACAAUUAUUCAACAACGCAUCCGGAUAGAAGCAACGACAUGUCCAUUACGUGUUUGGUGUGUCAGAACAUUUUUUAUGAAACGACAAUUGGUUUUAUGACAACACAUCGAAAGUAUUGCAAAGAAACGACUCAAGUGGAAGUCCAACGAUUGAGUCACAGCGAUCGCUCAAGUCCAUCGAUCACAACGUCUCCUUCGCGAACAGAUGAUGCCUCAGAAGGCACGCAAUCUGGUGAUUCUCCAAACCAUUCCACGACUUCUACAUACCGGAUUGAACCGACCAAUGAGACAAGUAUGCGAUUUGUCAUAAAGAAAACAAGUACUUUAGAAAAGAGCCGACGAAGCGCCGAAUGUCAAAUUUGUAAGAAUCUUUUCGUUACUAGUUCAAACAACCCGUUGCAGACCUGUAACCAAUGCAAGGAUUGUCAAUCGAAAACCACUGAACCCGAGCAAGAUGUGUUGAUAAGCGUGCAAACAGUGCACAGUACAAAACACAUGGAUACAUCGAAUCCGUUGGUCCGUAGAGCAUCUUUUCCAACGGGAACCGAACUCCAUGACUUUAUGGGCCAUGAAAAUGAUUCCAGCAUCACAGAAGAUGAAACGAACGUGUACCCAUGUCGGUUGUGCAAUAAGCGAUACUCCACUAUGGCUAACAUAUAUUGCCAUGUUCGCGCACAGCAUAGUCGCUUCUUAUGCAGUUUGUGUAUGAACAUGUUUGAACACGAGGCGGAACUGAAGGAACACAUUCACAAAUGCCCAAAGUCAAGUGUGAAUAGGCCACAAUGCGUCGUAUGCAAGCAUUACUUUUCGAACUCCUGGUCUUUAGCGCGGCACAUUCAGGUACAUGUGUCAGCCGGUGAAUGCGACCCAGACAUCUUAACCAAACAAAGGGUAAAAGACAUUGAAAAAGGAGACGAUGAUCCCAACGAAAUUCAUGAUUCAUCUAAUGUCGUGGAAAGUUCGCAAGACGAAGGUUUCCUCUCCUUGACAAAUGCUGAUUCAUCGUUACUGCGUCAACAAAGUGAAAUCUGUUUCAUUUGCAAUACAACGACCAGUGAAUCGUUUGCGGAUUUAUAUGGAACAACAGCGGCUCAUUCUGGCAAGUGUAUCUUCAAUUUCGUAUGGAAAUUCCUAGGUGGCAAACCAUCAGUACGAAAUGAUACAAUGGAUGCCUCCAGUUUGACCCAAGAUGUUGUCUGCUCCGAAUGCCUCGGUAUGAUCAAUGAAUAUGAUAAGGCGCGUGUUACUGAAAAACGGUAUAAAAAACUAUUGCGAAAUAAACUGGCCAACACGGAAAACUAUUAUGAGCGGUUACAAAGUGAAGACGAUGGGUGCAAAAAAGUCGGAGCAAAUCGACCAGACAAAUCUCAAAUCGAAAAAAUGAAACGGAACUAGCUAGAUGAUCUCAGGCACAAAAUGAACCAAAGUGAAUUUGAAUAGAUUUUGUUUCAAAUAUGUUAAAAUUUCUUAAACAAAUUAUUAUAUUUUAGUACAAUAAAAAAAAACAAUUUUUUCUAACGUUUUGCUUUGAAAUAUUCAAAUAAUUGAACAAGAAAACGUUGUUGUUGGAAGCUGUGGAAAAUGCCUAUGCCAGGCGUGUUCUUAUGAGAAGGCAUCAAAAGUCAUACAAACAAUUGAAAAAUCCUAUCUCGGUGUAGUUUGUGGUGUUUCAUUCAAUAGGCGAUCAAUGCUCAAUAAACACUUGGAGGAACACGGCGUUUAUGGCAGUCCACAAUGAAAUUAAAAAUAAUUCAUUGUCGGUGCUAGAAACCGUUCCAUGGUUUGAAAAAGGAGGAAAUUUUCGAAAUUCCCAUUCAGUUCCUAUUUGUUAAUUUUUUAAAAAAUCUUUUUGCAAUAAUAAUAUUCUUCCAAACAAAAUAUUCAUUCAAAAUUAUCUGAAAUUUACGCUAAAUAACAAAUGCGUCCUAAUAUUCAAAUUUGUCACAAACUGACAAACCACUGUUUUGACAUUAAUUUUUCCUUUUGUAUUUUUGACAUUAAAUUUCAACAAAACUUCCUUAGGAGACUGAAUAUUUUGAAUUUACUAUUAAAAAAAUUAAAUAGCAGUAAAAAACAAUGUCGACGCAAGUUUGUUUUAUUUGUAACAGUGCAUCAGAAAAUUGUCAAGCUAAUUUAGCUGAGAUAAAAUCACGAUAUUCCAGUUAUUCGCUACGUAUUUUCAUAAAGAAGUUUCUACGAAAUUUUGUUCCAAGUCGGAAUGCCACCGAUUCAACCAAUUGUAUCUGCGCCGAGUGCUUGAAACAAGUCAAUGAAUAUGAUGCCCUGUGUGUUAAAGCAAAGAUGAUCGAAGAUUAUUUACACACUUUACUGGUAAACAGUGAUAAAUCCUGGCAUGCAGCACAAAACACAACGAUUGACAACGAUGAUGUGAAAUUCAUUGAAAUACAUGAAACCAAGCCUGUUGUGCAAAUAGAAAAAGCACCAAUCGAAAAUUUCGCAUCAACCUCCUUAGACCCAAAAGAAAAAACACCGCAUAAAUGCCUUAAUUGCGGUGAAAAGUUUGAGUACAAAAUUGAUUUUCUUCAUCAUGAGCGAACCCAUAAAAAGGAUCAAAGAACAGAUGGUUUGAAAUGCGCUUUGUGCUCAGUGGUUUCCGAAAAUGAGGCUGCCAGAGGUUUACCAUCACUUCAAUGUACACAAUGCAAAAAGACAUUUACCCAGAGAAAACAUUUUGCAGCACAUAUGUUGAGACAUAAAAACCGUCAGAAUUAUCAGUGUGAAAUGUGCGGAAAACUAUUUUCAUGUCAACCAACUUUGCAAUCACAUAUGAAGAGUCACAGUGAAGUACGCACUCGAGUGUGCCACAUUUGUUCAAAAGGAUUCAAGCUUACGCAUAAUCUUAAAAAACAUCUGGACGUUGCACAUAAAGGAGAAAAGUGAUUCAGUACAAAAAGGCAUCAGUACAACAGAGAUAUUAAGGCGAUUGGAGAUUCGAUGCAAUUAUUUGCUUCUGAAUAAAAUUUACUUUUGUUAUACUUCCAUGAAGAGUAUUAAAAGUAGUCAGUUGUUCGUUAUGUAGAAGAAAUAUAUUAUGGAAAAAAUCUCAAUAAUUGUUGGUUUUGCCAGAGAAAACCGUACUUAUUUUCAAAAAAAUUCAAUUCAUGCCUUACAGCAACCGAAUUUGAAAAUGUCUCAAAAUUAUGACACUAAAUAUAUUCGCAAAUUGUGACAUACGCUGCGAGCUGUCACUUUGACAUUUUGAUGCAUCAAAGUUUGGUUGGAUGUAAAUAAAGAAGUUUUUCUCUUGCAAAAAGAUUUCAUAUUUUUUUUGUUUCAAAAAUGAGUCUUUAACAAAGAGAACGCACAAUAAAUCUGUAUUUUAAAAUAGUUGGAAUUGCUAUUGUCACAAAGAAAAAUGGAUAUAGCAAUAAAGUGUUUUGUUUGUCACGUAAAAACGGACGAUUGGCGUAAUGAUUUGCAAGGAUUGAAGUCGCAGCAUUCAUGUACCUUUGUCACGGACUUUAUUAAGAAAAUUCUUGGCGAUUUUGAUUUAAAACGAAAUGUGGACGAUGAAUCGAAUUGCAUUUGUGCCGAUUGUCUCAAUCGAUUUGAGGAAUACGACUGGACGUGCACAAUGGCCAAACAAUACGAAAAAGAAUUAUACGAUUUGCUUGUGAAAACCGAUGAAUUGUUCAAUGCCGAGCCCACAGUGGAUGCUGUAGAUGACAUGGAUACAAAAACAAAAAUUGCCAAAACGUUUGGUGACCCAUUGACAGAUUUCCCUGUCGGGCUACCGAUUCGAAAUGACGAGCUUGAUGGUGGUGAUGAUGAUUUGAUAAAAGUGAUGGUUGAACCACUCAUUGUGUCGAUGCUAAAAGACAAACUAUCCGACGACGAGCUACCGGAGAAUAAAGAGUUGGAACCACCAUACAAUGAGGAGUUGGAUAGCGGAGCUGUUGAAACUCAACCAGAUGAUCCAGAUUUUGAUUGCAAGGCCGAAGAUGAUGAUGGUUCUAGCUUCGAUGAUAACGAGGAUGACGAUUACGUUCCACAAAAACGGAAAGUAAAACCACGAAAACCAACGAAAAUGGUGCCAAAUGUCAAAACCGAAGACGGUGAAGCACCAGUUCGGAAGAAACGCGGUCGUAAACCGAAGAUCAAAGAUGAACAAGAUAGCAAACCACGCAGAAAACGAGAGAAAAAAACACACGAAUGCAAAGACUGUGAAAAAGUGUUCGACAAAUUGGUGGAUUAUGUGGCUCAUCGAAAAUGGCAUCGUGAAUCGUUGAUUCCAGAAUUCCGCUGCAGCAAAUGCUUUUUCAUAUCAGAAAAUCAAGAAGCAUUUGAAGCACAUGCGAAACUACACGAAAACAAACCUCCAUUGCAAUGUGUAUUCUGUAAUUUGACGUUUACUUUCAAAGGUACACUGACCAAACACACAAGAAUUCAUUCCAAUCAGCGCAAUUAUCAAUGCAGCAUGUGUGGCAAGCAGUUCUUACGUUCUAUCUCACUCAACACCCAUAUGAAGUAUCACCUGAACAUGAAGACCAAACAAUGUCCGCACUGUCCGAUGGUGUUUGUUGAAACGAAAAAUCUCACACGCCAUCUGAAAACACAUACGCUUGAAAAACCAUACUCAUGUAGCAUAUGCGGUCGAAGGUUCGCGUACAGCUACAACGUUCGACCGCAUGAACAAACACACACCGAUCGAAAUGUAUAUCGGAAGUUCAAAUGCACAGUAACCGAUUGUAAAUCGGCCUUUGAUAGUAAAGCCAAGCUCAACACUCAUCUACAGAAAAGCCAUGCAAUGACAUCACUCAUUUACGAAAACACAAACAAUCCAACACGAUUGGGCCUAUAAAUCAUCUAAUUCAACAUUUAAUCUAUUUUAUGUAAACUAGUAUAAGAAAAAUUCUUCAAUAUUACAACAAAAUAAAGGGUCUUACGGAUGUAGGAUGAACUUAUCUAAGAAA